CUGUGCGCUUCGUGUUCGCAGUCUUUGCGGCGUCCGCAGUCGCAGCUGCUUGCGCCCCCGCUCCGGUCAGUGGUGCCUCCGGACCAGCACCAUGUCGCUCUCUCGGUCGGAGGAGAUGCAUCGGCUCACGGAAAAUGUCUACAAGACCAUCAUGGAGCAGUUCAACCCCAGCCUGCGGAACUUUAUCGCCAUGGGCAAGAACUACGAGAAGGCGCUGGCAGGUGUGACGUAUGCUGCCAAAGGUUAUUUCGACGCCCUGGUGAAGAUGGGCGAGCUGGCUAGCGAGAGCCAGGGCUCCAAAGAACUCGGUAAGACCCUUAAAUGUGGCAGAGACCCCAGAAGUCCCUGAAGUCGUUGGAUGUCCCCAUGCCGAUGUGGGACCCCGC